AUGCAAUAUUUAAAACAAAGAAGAAUGAACAGUGGAAAUUGUUCAUCAUUACCAGAAUUCUUUCUCGUGGGAAUUACCAAUAAUUCUGAAAUGAAAGCAGUUCUAUUUUUGUCACUUCUAGUAGUUUAUCUCAUUAUUCUCCUGACUAAUCUCGGAAUGAUCAUUUUAAUCAGAGUGGAUUCCCGGCUGCACACGCCCAUGUAUGUUUUCCUCAGCCACCUGUCGUUCUCCGACCUCUGCUACUCCAAUGCAGUUGGCCCCAAGAUGCUGGUGGACCUGCUUGCUGAGAACAGAUCAAUUCCCUUCAUUGGCUGCGCUCUGCAAUUCUUCAUCUUUUGUGCUUUUACAGACGCUGAGUGUGUGCUGCUGGCGGUGAUGGCCUUUGACAGGUACAAGGCCAUCAGCAGUCCCCUGCUGUACACAGCCCACAUGUCCAGCAGGCUCUGCGCCCAGCUCCUGGCUGGGGUUUACCUGGUGGGCCUGGCAGAUGCUCUGGUACACACCACAUUGACAUUCCGCCUGUGUUUCUGUGGGUCUAACGAGAUUAAUCAUUUCUUCUGUGAUAUUCCUCCUCUCCUCUUAAUAUCUUGUUCAGAUACUCAGGUCAAUGAGCUAGUCAUUUUCACUAUUUUUGGUUUCAUAGAACUGAGCACCAUCUCCGGAGUCCUGGUCUCCUAUUGCUAUAUCAUCUUGUCAGUCAUAAAGAUCCACUCUGCUGAGGGGAGGCUCAAAGCUUUCUCCACCUGCGCCUCCCACCUCACUGCAGUUGCCAUUUUCCAGGGAACCAUGCUCUUCACAUACUUCCGUCCCAGUUCUUCUUACUCCCUCGAUCAGGACAAAAUGACCUCACUGUUUUACACCCUGGUGAUUCCCACCCUGAACCCUCUGAUUUAUAGUCUAAGGAAUAAGGAUGUGAAAGAGAGCCUGCAGAAGCUGAGAAACAAAAAGUGGUUUUAA